AUGAAAUACCAAGAAAUCAUAGCCAGCCUUCCUAAAAAAGAAAGAUGGAGCGGAGCCUUUUAUAACUAUGAGUAUCAAGGCUUUUGGUUCAGUCCCUUUGUACUGGAAGGAAUCAUUUCCGUUCAAGAAAGUUUCCAAGCGCAAACCAGCGAUAUACUGUUGUGUAGUGCCCCGAAAACCGGCACCACAUGGCUCAAGGCCUUAGCCUUUGCGAUCGUGACGAGGAACCGGUUUGAUGGGCUAUCAGAUAAUAAUAAUAAUCACCCAUUGUUCAACGCGGUUCCUCACGAUUGUGUCCCUUUCUUAGAGGUUGAUCUUGUUGAGAACAACAAGAAAGAUCCUGAAAUGCCUCUUUUGUCCACACACCUCCCUUUCUCUUCCCUCCCCAAAUGCAUAAUUUCCAAAGGCUGCAAAAUGGUGUACAUAUGCCGGGAUCCGAAGGACACGUUCGUGUCGUACUGGCAUUACUUGCAAAGGGCGUUGCCGGGCGGACAGCACGAUCACGUUGUGAAGCGGCUUUCGUUGGGGACAGAAUUCGAGUCGUUUUGUGAUGGGAGCACUUACUAUGGUCCGUACUGGGAUCACGUUUUAGGGUACUGGAAAGCCAGCAUUGAGCGUCCUGAUAACGUGUUGUUUCUCAAGUACGAGGAUUUGAAGAGGGACACGCUGUUUUACGUGAGGAAAUUGGGGGAGUUCAUGGGACAACCGUUCACGGCGGAGGAGGAGAGGAGAGGGGCGGCGGAGAGAAUAGUGGAGGUGUGUAGUUUACAGAAGCUGAGCCGGUUGGAAGUGAAUAAGACUGGAAAACACCGCCAGGGUACGCCCAUGAGCUCGAAUAACUAUUCUUUCUUUAGGAGAGGAAUGGUUGGGGAUUGGAAGAAUCUUCUCACUCCGGAGAUGCAACGGCGCAUUGAUGAAAUUACAGAGCAAAAACUACAUGGUUCUGGUUUCAGCUUUUCAUAG